GACAUGGAAAAGACAGAUACCAUUGACUUUAGGGCUCUGGAGAAGGAGUUGCAGGCUGCAUUAGCCGCGGAUGAGAAAUACCGAAGAGAGAAUGCUGCCAAGUUCCGGGCUGUGGAACAGAAGGUGGCUUCCUAUGAAGAGUUCAGGGACAUUGUCCUUGCCUCACACCUGAAGCCUUUAGAGCGGAAGGACAAGAAGAAUAUCAAAAAGACAGUGCCUUGGAACUGCCUUGUGACAAGUACCACUGCUCAAACAGGCAUCGCUCCACAUCAGGAGGAGAGCACUUAUAUCUCCCAGAAGGGAGAUUGUCAGCCUGAGACAUCAUCAGAUUUCUACAGGGCUUGGCGCCACUAUCUACAGAGUGGAUCAGAGCGCUAUCAGGCCCUCUUACAGCUUGGGGCCCCCAACCUGGGCCACCUUUUCCGGGUAGAUGUGGGUUUUGGACUUCUGGGUGAACUGCUGGUGACAUUGGCAGACAAUUUUAAGCCAGCUGACUGUGCUGCUGUACUGGAGAUCCUUCAUAGCCUAUCCAGAACUGGCCGAUUUGGCCUCAACCUGAGCCUGCUGAGCAAUGCUGAAAGAGAGAGCUGCCAAAAAUUGUUUCAGAAACUCCAAAGUAUGUAUGUUACCAGACCUACAGAGGAAGAACUGAGCCAUAAGGAGCAAGAACUAGAGAAACCACACAAUGGGAAUGAUGGGGAUGAGAAACUCCUCCAGGAGCUAGCAGAGCUAUACCAAGUUGGCUAGA